AUGAGUUUAAAACUUCUUGAUAGGAUGGAGCAACCAACCGUUAGAUCGUUUACAACAUCUAAUGAACUUUCAGUAUCACUUGCGGAUCUCGUUACUAAAUUGUCUGCAGAAUCUAUCGAAGCGCGUGAUAGGUUUACAGUAGGUAUUUCCGGUGGGUCGUUACCAAAAUUGCUUGCUGCAGACUUGAAGCAUAGAAAGGAUGUUAAAUGGGAUAAAUGGGAGGUAUUUUUUUGCGACGAAAGGAUUGUUCCAUUAGAACAUGAAGAUUCCAAUUAUUUUCUUUGUAAAAAAGAAUUGUUUGAUCAUGUUCCGAUUCCACCCGAAAAAAUCCAUACUAUUGACCCUAAUCUCGCAUCAGAGAAUGAACCGAAAGAAGAAGAUGAUUCGAUUGAUCCAGUUGCUGAAGACUAUGAAAAACAACUAAUUGAUGUUUUUGCAGGAGCAAAGUCCAUCAAAUUUCCAGUAUUUGAUUUAUUACUUUUAGGAAUCGGACCAGAUGGACAUACCUGUUCCUUAUUUCCAGGACAUCGACUUCUUGAUGAGGGUGUCUUGUGGGUGGCAUAUAUCGGUGAUUCACCUAAACCUCCACCUAAAAGGGUUACACUAACCUUACCAGUAGUUAACCAUGCGCGAAAUGUGGCAUUUGUUGCCACAGGUUCCGGAAAGCAAGAUAUUUUAUAUCAAAUAUUUGAGGAUCCUAGUAGCAAACUUCCAUCUCAAUUGGUCAAGCCCACAAAUGGUAAAUUAUAUUGGUUCUUGGAUGAUGCUGCUUCCUCAAAGCUGAUUUUGCCAAAGUAA